GGUGUGGCAUUUUCAGUUGUUCGAGGCGUGGUCCCAGCGUUAGGGGGGUAUCUAUAAGCGUAUAGCUUCAGUCGUUUCUUUCUGUUCCCCCACAUCAACCAAGCCCCUUGGACGUUUUGGAGUUGUGCAAAUUUGUUCUAUUUUAAUAAUUAUAUCUUGUGGAUCAAUCUCAUACGAAAUUGUGAAAAAGAAUCUCAACUGGAGAGACUGGUGAUUGUGUGUCAACCAAAUGGAUUUGGUUUGAUUGUGUUCAUAUCUGCAACGUCCAUCGCGAAGGCCUAAACAAUCGCGUUCGUUUUGCUCACCGGAAAAGCAGAGAGUACACCUGCUUGCACAGGUGAAAGUUUUGUCACGCCAAUUAAGGAGAGUGCCCGCGACCCCACCCCGACGUUAUAGCCCAACCAAAAAAAAAAAAGUCAAAAAAAAAACUUUACCGAAAAAUGGCCGGCCCGCGGCUCGGGACUUCCGGCCUGCUAAUGGUUCUCUUCUACAUGGCUUCGACAACAGCGAUGGUUCAAUCACCGCCGCAAGUUGUCAAACAACCGCCUUCGGACGAACUCCUAUUCCAAGUGGCGCAGAGGAUCGACGAGAACGACAAACCGUUUAUCAUCGAAUGCGAAGCGGAAGGCGAACCCGCCCCAAAAUACCGAUGGGUCAAGAACGGUUUUGAUUUCCUGUGGCAGUCCUACGACGACCGAAUCUCUCAGCAGCCCGGAAGAGGGACGCUGGUCAUCACCACGCCCCGAGAUGAAGAUAUCGGGCAAUAUCAAUGUUUCGCAUCCAACGAGUGGGGAACGGCGACAUCGAAUUCGGUUUUUGUCCGAAAAUCGGAUCUCAAUUCGUUCAAAGACGAGCCGCCCAUGACCGUUUCGGCCCAGGAGGGCUCGCCAUUCAGUUUGCGCUGCCAGCCGCCCGACGGCUGGCCCAAACCCUCCGUCUACUGGAUGAUGCAGAACAGCAACGGAGCCCUGCGCAGCAUCAACUCGUCCAGGAUGACGGUCGAUCCGGAGGGCACGCUCUGGUUCUCCAACGUCACACGCGAAGACACCAGCGAUGACUUUGUCUACGCCUGCUCAGCCACCUCUCUUUUCCGAAACGAAUAUAAACUGGGCAACAAAGUUUACCUGGACGUCAUCGCGACUGGCAGCGCCGCGGCUCAGAAUCGCCACGAACCCGUCACGCAGUACGUGUCGCGUAAAAACGCCGUGGCCCAUCGUGGCAAGAGUAUCGAGUUGUGGUGCGUCUUCGGCGGCACUCCUCUCCCACAGAUCCGCUGGACCAAGGAAGGCGCCGCUCUGCCCGCCGGCCGUACCACUUACUCCUCCUACGGCAAGACGUUGAUCAUCAAAAGUGUCGAUUCUGAGGACGCCGGCAACUACGAAUGCGAGGCCAGCAACGGCGUCGGACUGGCCAAGUCUUAUUCCAUCAGCCUCCAGGUCUUGGCGGCUCCUUAUUUCACCGUCGAGCCGGAAGUGUACGUGGGUGCCGAAGACGAGCUGGCCGAAUUCCGAUGCGAGGCCAACGGCUCGCCGGCCCCCGAGAUCAAAUGGAUCCACAACGGCAAGCCCAUCGAAGAGGCGGCCGUCAAUCCGCGCCGGAAGGUCUUCCCUAACCGCAUUGUCAUUGAGCGGCUGCAGAAGAGCGACACGGGCAACUACGGCUGCAACGCCACCAACAGUAUCGGUUACGUCUACAAGGAUGUCUACCUCAACGUCUUGGCCUUGGCGCCCGACAUUGAGGACGCCCCUGACGACACGGCCACCGUCGACGGAUCGGCCGUCAAUCUCACCUGUAAAGUUUUCGGCUCGCCCAAGCCGCUCGUCAAGUGGAUUCGCGACGGAUUGGAACUGACUGGUGGACGCUACCGCGUCAUGGACAGCGGCGAUCUGGAAAUUAGGGAUGUGACCUUCACUGAUGCUGGGGUGUAUUCUUGUCACGCCACCAACAAAUUCGGAUCGGCCAACGCCAACGGAACUCUCAUCGUCAAAGAGCGAACUGUCAUCAGGGAUGGACCCGAAGACUACGAAGUGGCUGCUGGACAGACGGCCACUUUCCGUUGCAAUGCCGUUGCGGACUCGUCGCUCAACUUGACGAUCGAGUGGCUGCACGCCGAUCAAUUGAUCGAUUUCGAGCAGGAGCCGCGGUUCGUCCAAUCGCAGGACUCGUCGCUGACCAUCACCAAGACGACCGAGCUGGACACUGGCGACUACACAUGCCGUGCCAAAACUAUCCUCGACUUGGCAGAAGACAAGGCCACUCUCAUCGUUCAAGACGUCCCCAACCGACCGAGAAUGGUGGGCAUCCAGUGCAACAACCGCGAUGCAGCCAUAGAAUGGACGCCUUCCGGCGACAAUCGAGCCCCUAUCUUGACCUACACGAUACAAUUUAACACGAGUUUCACGCCGGACAGCUGGGAGGUGUCAUUUGAGAACGUGCCGGCCACCGAGACGCGCUUCAAAGUUGAGAUGAGCCCUUGGUCCAAUUACACUUUCCGCGUCAUUGCCCGUAAUAAGAUUGGCCCGUCGCUUCCAUCGGAUCACUCUUCCAUGUGCACGACGCCUCCUGACGUGCCCAACAAGAACCCGGAUAACGUGGAGGGACGCGGCACGUCGCCCACAAAUUUGGUCGUCACUUGGAACCCCAUGCCCGAGAUCGAGCACAACGGGCGUAACUUCCACUACCGAGUGUAUUGGCGUCGCGACAUUCCCGGCGAAGAUUGGAACAUUGAAAUGAUUUCCGACUGGAGACAGUCGUCCAUCCUCAUCCCCAAUCAACCCACUUUUAAACGCUAUCGCAUCAAAGUGGUGGCCUUUAAUCAGAUUGGCGAGGCCAAUGUGGCAGCUCAAGAAGUGACUGGCUAUUCCGGAGAGGACGUUCCGCUGGAGGCGCCAUCCAACUUCACUUUGAAUCAAAUUAUCGAUGAAAGAAGCGCGAUCCUUUCCUGGAAUCCCGUCAAUCCGGACUCUGUCCAAGGACACUUCAAAGGCUACAAGAUUGAGACUUGGACAGAAAAGGAAGGAGAAAUUCGGGCACGUGAGAUGAUUAGCAACGCUUCAAAGGCGUUCGUCAACAAGUUUGUCCCGCACACUGUCAAUCUCGUUCGCGUUCGCGUCAUCAAUUCGGCUUACCGAGGACCGGCCAGCGACGUUCUCUCCUUCAAGACUCCAGAAGGAAGACCUGGACCAGUGGACUACUUUGAAGCCGCCCCUCUAGGCUCUUCGGCUUUCUACUUGAUCUGGAAGCAGCCAGAAGAGCCCAACGGCAAUUUGCGAGGCUACAAAAUCUUUUAUGAAAAAGUGGAAGGCACCAAAAUCGGACCCCAGAUCGAAAGGGAACCGCCCAUUCGGGAUCCGACUCAGACCCGAGCCAAGUUGGCCGGUCUCGAGCCCAACACUAAAUACCGCCUUCACAUCAAAGCCAUGACCAUUGCCGGCGAAGGAGAUGAUUACUACAUCGAACGAAACACGCGCAACGGAAAUGCCUAUCCGCCCGACAAGCCGCAAUUCACGUGGAACCAGGUGACGUUGGACAACGGAAUGCCGGCCAUCAAAGUCGUCUGGCAUCCGAAUGUCGACGGCCAGCCUGGCUCCCAUUUCUUCGUCCAGUACCGACGCAAAGGGGAGACCAUCUACAUCAAGAGCGAAGAUGAAUUCGACGAGAACUUUAUCAUUUUACGCGGACUGGAGCCCAACCAACUCUACGAAAUUUGCGCUGUCGUCGUCGACGGUGACUACUUCACCGAAAGCGACCCAGAAGAGGUCGAGAUGUAUGCUGAUGGACCGUACAUCCAAGGAGCUUCUGCUGUGGCAUCGACGGGAUGGUUUAUCGGCAUGAUGCUGGCCCUUGCAUUAUUACUCUUGGUCCUGGUCCUGGUUUGCAUCAUUAAACGCAACCGAGGUGGAAAGUACGCUGUCCACGAGAGAGAAGCCACUCACGGUCGCAAGGAUUUCAACGAGGACGCCGGAUUCCACGAAUACUCGCAACCAGUUGGUAGCAGCCGGGCGCCCAGCAAAGCCUCUUUGAGCAGCGGAGCCAAAAUGCCGCCCGAGAGCGAGGAUAAUGACUCCAUGGCCGAAUACGGAGAAGGAGAAGCAGAAGGCAUGAAUGAAGACGGCUCUUUUAUCGGCCAAUACGGCAAGAAACGUGGAGACGGAUCAUCGGCUUUCGCCACUCUUGUCUAAAAUAAAAAUAGAGAAUAAAUAAAACUGCCUCUUCUUUCAACGUAGCCGACUGUAUAGUUCUGUUAUGUUGCCAGGUGAAUUUGCUGAAAGUGGUUCGUUUAUUGGACAAUACGGUCAGAGCAAACUGCCGACCCCCUUGACGACAGCUAGUGUGGCAACUAUUGUUUAGAAAAAACCAAAUUUUUUUUUUCUCUCCUUCACACUUUACAACAAAAAGAUUAACCGUUCCCUCCACCCUUGAUUUUUUUUUCUCUUUUUUAAAUUAUUAUUAUUCCGUCAGCCUCCCAGAAAAACUAAAGGCUAACAUAAUUAUUUUUGUGGACCGCAAUCUCAUCAUUUCUUCUCUUGUGUACAUUGUGCAAUGCCGAUGCUUUGUUAUGAGCUUUCCGCCAACUUUUUCUCCACACAAUUUUUUUUUUCUUUCCAACUUUUUUUUUUUUUUUUUUCAUUUGUUUUUGAAUCUCCCCCCAACUUUCUUUCGUUAUAAUUGACUUCUUACUUGAUUGUCAUAUCAAAUUAUGUGCGCGUGCGACCGAAAGAAAAAUACGCUGUCGUCGUCGAAUUGCUAGUGUGUUGAAAGGGGGAGUGAGUUGUUGACAGGUGCCUACAUGGAGUCAUGACCCCCCACUCUACAUGUGUCUAGUGCCGAUACAUGCUUCUCUCCUGCUUCUUCUUUGGACGAUAACCCUGUUUCCCUUUCUUAACUCCUCCACACACCCUUCCACUAGCUACAUCAUCCUCCUCAAACAACAUAAAAAUGCACAAAAGAGCCAAAACAAAAAUUUUGGACUAUUUGCGAUCUUGAUAACACGAGGUUGCGCAAUCGAUCUGAAUUUUUCUUCACGUACGAAGAUCUGCAAUUACUUUUUUUUUUAAGCCAGCAAAUUGUGUUUUUAGUUUCUUCUCCGUUUUGUGUGUGUUCAAUCCGGCAGCUUGAAGCUUUUUUGGCCAAUCCGCCAAUCACAACCGUCCUCUUUGAUUUAUUUUUUCUCUUUCUUGAUUCUCAAGUUUUCUUACUUAUUUUUGUUUUGGUUUCCAAAUCCCCUCUUUUGUCAUCGUCCGCCGAUUUUUAUCUUUUCAAUCGCCCGCUUCUGUCCUUCCACACAUGUUUGUGUAUUGAUCUUUAUAUACAUUCCCGCGAAAGAAUCAUUCGUUUGUGAAAGAGAAAGCAGGCUAAUUAAUGGUCACCAUCAUUACAGUUUUACUUUAACAAUAAUAACAGCGCACUGUUUUCCUGUUUUAAAAACAUUGCGAAGUGAUCUAACGAGCAAGACAAAAAACAAACAAAAAAGUUAAAUAUUAUAUAAGAGGGAGUGCCAUGGUUAAAUUCUGGGUCUAGAUGAAAUUGAAAGCCGUAGCCGACGUAUUUGCGAACAGAAACACAGCUGCCGAAUGUGAACGGGGAAACAGCUUAUAUUUUUAUAUAUGAAGCCCUCUUUCCCCUUUCUCCUUGGAAAAUGAACCGAAUGGAUUUGAUUUGAAUAAAAGCUCGACACACA